ACCACUCCCUCGUUAUAAGGGAGGUAUUGCAUUGGGGUAAAAAAUGGUAAAAAGGGCCCACCAAUUUCUUACGAAUUUCCGAACGCAACCCAGAUUCAAAUCAAACAUACCCACGUGACACGGUGUCAAUUUAACCUCAAUAAUUAUUCUAUUUUCUAUCACGUUAUAAUUUGUUGAAUUAAAAAUAUGAGUGUGUUACCACCAGGCACGGGAAUUGACAAUUUAGAUACCGAACAAAUCAAAACUUUUAAAGACUUUUUGAUAUCGUAUAACAAAUUAACAGAGUUGUGUUUCAAAGACUGUGUAAAUGACUUUACCAGCAGAACAGUUAAACCUCAAGAGGACAAAUGUUCCUUAAAUUGUUUAGAAAAGUUUUUGAAAGCGAAUCAGAGGAUAUCACAAAGGUUCCAAGAGUUCCAAAUGGUAGCGAAUGAAAAUGCGUUAGCAGCGGCACAAAAAUUGGGCCAAAAAGUUUAACAUUUUAUUGUAACUAGUCACACGUAGGAAGUGAAUGUUUCUUAAACUAAAUUAAAUUUAAUUCAUAUAUUAGCA